AUGGCCUUCUGGCUCCAAGCUGCAUCUCUGCUGGUGCUGCUGGCGCUCUCCCCCGGGGCAGAAGCUGCAGCUGCCCAACACCUGUGUGGCUCUCACCUGGUGGACGCCCUCUAUCUGGUGUGUGGAGAGAAAGGAUUCUUUUACAACCCAAAGAGAGAUGUGGAUCCCCUUAUAGGGUUCCUCUCUCCAAAAUCAGCAAAGGAGAACGAAGAGUACCCCUUCAAAGACCAGACGGAGAUAAUGGUAAAGAGAGGUAUUGUAGAGCAGUGCUGUCACAAGCCCUGCAACAUCUUCGACCUGCAAAACUAUUGCAACUGA